CUGUCAAAAAGAAUUAUACGUGGUGGACGUGGUGACUGUUUUUAAUUUUACUUUCAUUGAAUAAUUUCAAUAACCUGCUUAGAAGUUAGUAAAAUUUAAUGAAAUGAAAUGUAAUCAAAAAGUUAUAAACUUCUAUAUGCUUUACAAGUGCAAGACUAUAGUUUAAAAUUAAGAAAAGUUGAAAAAUUUGUAUCCACAAUGGUUCUCGCAGACUUAGGUCGUAAAAUAACGACUGCUUUGCAGUCCCUUAGUAGAGCAACUAUCAUCAAUGAAGAGGUUUUAAAUUCUAUGCUAAAGCAGAUUUGCGCUGCACUCUUAGAAGCUGAUGUUAAUAUUCGUCUAGUAAAAAACUUACGUGAAAAUGUCCGCGCUGUUAUUGACUUUGAUGAAAUGGCAGGGGGUCUUAAUAAGCGCCGGAUGAUACAGUCAGCAGUCUUUAAAGAGCUAGUUAAGUUAGUGGAUCCUGGAGUAAAACCGUAUCAACCUGUCAAAGGCAAGCCAAAUAUAAUAAUGUUUGUUGGUUUGCAAGGGUCUGGUAAAACAACAACAUGUACAAAAUUAGCAUAUCAUUACUUGAGAAAAAAUUGGAAAUCAUGUCUUGUUUGUGCUGAUACAUUCAGAGCUGGUGCUUAUGAUCAAGUUAAGCAGAAUUGUACUAAAGCAAGAAUACCAUUUUAUGGAAGUUACACAGAAGUCGAUCCAGUAGUUAUUGCAUCAACUGGAGUUGACAUGUUCAAGAAGGAAGGAUUCGAAAUGAUUAUUGUGGACACCAGUGGAAGGCAUAAACAGGAGGAGUCAUUGUUUGAGGAAAUGUUGGCUGUUGCAAAUGCUAUUAAACCAGAUAAUAUUAUAUUUGUGAUGGAUGCAACAAUUGGUCAGGCUUGUGAAGCCCAAGCUAAGGCUUUCAAAGAAAAAGUUGACAUUGGUUCUGUUAUCAUUACCAAGUUAGAUGGUCACGCAAAAGGAGGUGGAGCCCUCUCAGCAGUGGCUGCAACAGAGAGUCCUAUAAUUUUCAUAGGUACAGGAGAACAUAUUGAUGACCUAGAACCUUUUAAAACUAAACCCUUUAUCAACAAACUAUUGGGUAUGGGAGAUAUUGAAGGGCUACUGGACAAAGUAAAUGAAUUAAAACUGGAUGACAAUGAUGAUCUUCUAGAAAAACUUAAACAUGGGCAGUUCACAUUAAGAGCUAUGUAUGAACAGUUCCAAAAUAUAAUGAAAAUGGGACCCUUUUCACAAAUAAUGGGCAUGAUACCAGGAUUCUCACAAGACCUCAUGUCCAAAGGCAGUGAACAAGAGUCAAUGGCGAAACUCAAGCGUUUAAUGACCAUAAUGGAUUCAAUGAAUGAAGGCGAACUAGAUCAUCGUGAUGGAGCAAAACUUUUCUCAAAACAACCCACCCGUAUAACUCGUGUAGCUCAAGGCUCAGGUGUCACUGAACGAGAUGUUAAGGAUUUAAUAGCACAAUACACUAAAUUUGCAGCUGUGGUUAAGAAGAUGGGUGGUAUUAAGGGACUAUUUAAAGGUGGUGAUAUGGCGAAGAAUGUAAACCAAACUCAAAUGGCAAAACUCAAUCAGCAGAUGGCAAAAAUGAUGGAUCCCCGUAUUUUACAACAGAUGGGGGGAAUGUCUGGGCUGCAUAACAUGAUGAGACAAUUGCAACAGGGCUCAAGUGGCAUGAACAACUUAAUGGGGGGAAAAUGACAGUAGUAUUUUUAGGUAUCUGUAUCUGUAACAUUUCCCAACAUUGUUUUCAUGGUAAUAAUUAUUUAAUGUUAAAAUAA